GUUGUCGCACGCCCACAGGUCUGCUGUCAAAGUUCUCCGCAGAAUGCAGUACUUUGUGGCCAGGCGAAAAUUUCAGCAAGCGAGGAAGCCCUAUGACGUGCGUGACGUGAUAGAACAGUACUCCCAAGGUCAUCUCAACAUGAUGGUCCGUAUCAAGGAGCUGCAGAGGAGGCUGGACCACACGCUGGGUAAACCAGGCAUGUUCCUGCCAGAGAAAGGAAUAGAAAAAGAAUAUCACACAGUUGGAGCCAGACUGAUCCGACUGGAGGAUAAG